UAUUUGUAUUUGUUUGAUUUGAAUGGAGCCAAUGCAAAAGUGUAACACACACACACGCACACGCACUCGUAACAUAACACAUUCUCAUCUCCAUUCAACUCAAUGGCUUCACUCUGCCUCAAUCUCAAUUCCUUCCAUCCUCCUUCUUCCUCAUACCAACCUCCUACACUCUUCGAUUCCUCAUUACCUUCUUCUUCUUCUUCUCUCAGUUGCAACACCUUAAAACCCAUCGUCGUCACUGGAAAUCCUCCCACUUUCGUCUCUGCUCCUGCUCGCCGAAUCGUUGCUGUUGGGGAUUUGCAUGGAGACCUUAAACAAACUAGAUUGGCGCUUGAGAUGGCUGGUGUAUUGGGCUCUGACACUCACAACUUGUGGACUGGUGGACAAACGGUGUUGGUUCAGCUCGGAGAUAUACUGGACAGAGGAGAAGAUGAAAUAGCUAUAUUGUCUUUAUUGAGAUCAUUGGAUGUCCAAGCAAGAGCACAAGGUGGUGCAGUCUUUCAGGUGAAUGGGAAUCACGAGACUAUGAAUGUGGAAGGGGAUUUCAGGUAUGUUGAUUCUGGGGCUUUUGAUGAGUGUCUGAAUUUCUUGGAAUACAUGGAGGACUAUAGGGAUCACUUUGAGGAGGCUUUUCUUAAUUGGAUCCAAGUCUCAGAAAGGUGGAAAGAUCAGAGGAAAUCACAAAAUUUUUGGGGUCCUAUGAAUUUGGUGAAGCAAAAAGGCGUGGUUGCUAGAUCAAUCUUAUUCAGACCCGGUGGUCGUUUGGCACGUGAGUUGGCAAGACAUGCAGUUGUUCUUAAAGUUAAUGACUGGGUCUUCUGUCAUGGUGGUCUUCUUCCUCACCAUGUUUCAUAUGGCAUAGAGAGGAUGAACCGGGAAGUAUCCCAGUGGAUGAAGGGCCUUGGUGAAAGUGGUAAUAGUUCCUUUCCUUUCCUCGCAACUAGGGGCUAUGAUAGUGUUGUAUGGAACAGAUUAUACUCGAGAGAUUUUGGAGAUUUGGAAGACUUUGAGAGCGAACAGAUAAAUUCAAUUCUCAAAGACACAUUAGAAGCAGUUGGUGCGAAGGCAAUGGUAGUAGGCCACACUCCUCAAAUGGCUGGAGUAAACUGCAAAUACAAUUGUAGCAUUUGGCGAGUUGAUGUUGGGAUGUCUAGUGGAGUUCUUCACUCGAGACCUGAGGUACUAGAAAUCAGAGACGACAAAGUUAGAGUUAUCAGGAGCAAGAGGGAUAGGUUUAGUAGGGAACUUCAAGUUGUUAACUAUAUAUAGCAAGAACAAUCAGAAGCUCAACAGAAUGUGAAGCAAAUUCAACUGUAGUCUUAAAUACCUUACAAUUUCUGUUUGACAGAAGAAGAAUCCGCAUCAUGCUUCCUUUAUGUGGUGUGGGGUUUAGAAUUUAGAUACACCUCAUCAUCGGAUCAUCUGUCCUUUAGCUUGGAUUCUGCUGUUUGCAAGAAUUAUUACAACUCAUGGAAACACAAUCAGCUACACAUUCAUGACGUCAAGACGAGUACAUGUAGAAGCAGCAGCAGAGAUGCCUUGACGACUUCCGGUAAGAAAUCAAAUUCAAUGCUAUCCCUUACUUCAGUGUUCAGUCAAUCUGAUUUUGUAAAACACUGAAUUUUAACCAUUGAAACCCACUUCCACGGGAGUUGUUCUUGUUCAUAUGUACAGUGCACCAUAUUUGUAAUAUAAUACAUCAUCAGUUGUCGAAUUCAUUGGUUUGAUGUUUUGGAUUUCUUGUUCAUAUGCAAAAAAAAAAAAAAAAAAGGGUAGAUCAUGACACCGUUGAAUAAGAAUGCCAUAGUUGAUGGUUCCACUUA